CAUUUUUCAGGCGCCAUAAGCCAUCACUUAUCAGUUGUUCUGUGCACGAGGGAGAGCAUUCUGGGAUUUACUUCGAAUCUUUGGAAUUUUCAGGAAGACAAUGUAUCUUUGGUGCCAGCUUUUAGUCGUCCUAUCGGCACUCUCUUAUGUGAAGCUAGUUCUCUCUAAUGAUGGGUCUAUCACCGGAAUAACUUUCAGAGCGAGGACGAGUUUCAUCGCGUACCAUUUCAACAAAACCUCUUCUUUCCCGGGGGUCACAUUCAAGCUUGAAUUCUCAUCAACAAGCUGCAAGGGAGACUUGAUAUUAGUGACGAGUAGGGACACUGAUAACUUCUUCAAAAUUGUCUUAGACAAUGAAGUUAAGGCUACCUUUCAUUACAAACUUGGAGAUGAGAACAUUAGUGUAUCAGCGACACUUCUUGCAAACAAAUCAUUCUGUGAUGGACAUAGACAUAUCAUACAGUUUGAACGAUAUGGAAAAACAAUUAAGUCUAGUAUUGAUGAUGGUCAAGAAGUACAGGAGAACAGGCCAGGAAUCACAUCCGUAAUCUUUAGUAAGCCAGACAAGAUUGUCCUCGGAGGAAUCUCAAGAAACAAGUUUGACGGCUGUGUUUACAGUGCAUCUGUGCUCUUCUACUGGAAAAAAGACACGAGUGCAAAUGUCCGUGUAAAUAUUAUAGAGCGCUAUCUCAACAAAGAUCCUAGUGUUCGGUCUGGCGCAGUGUUUGUUGGAGCUUGUCCUGAUUCUGCCGGAGUUGGUGAUCACAAAAACCACGAAUGCACGAGUUCCAACACAAAUAUCUCUAUGACCGACAAGCGUGGUGUUAUUGCAAGUCCUCGACUGGAAAACUCAAGUCACAUCAGUGAAUGCUUGUGGCGCAUCACGGCGCCUGGCAAUCAUCGUUUGAAGUUCACACUGCUGUUCUAUAAUGUUAGUAGUUUUGAAUCCUGUUCUAAGAGUGAAAUCAUUGUCUAUGACGGCUUAUUUCGUUCCCCAAAUAUUCUGGAAAGAUUCUCUUGUCCCAAGUCGAGCACAGCGUUGUUCACACGUGGUCAGCAUAUGAUGGUCAAGGCACGUCUUCCAACGCAGGAAAAGUAUCUUGAUUUCAUCGCCGUGUAUGAAGUUGUGGGAAUCGACGCAGGACCUUGUCCAAAAAACAGGAACCUAAGUGGCAUGUCUGGAACGAUACAGAGUCCAAACUUUCCAAAUAAUUAUGAAGUUGAGCAUGACUGCUCCUGGAUAAUAUCAGCGCCACGUGGUAAACACGUGCUCUUGUCGUUUAAUAAAACUGAAUUCCACAUACAUUCGUGUAAUAACACCUGUGAGUGCGACUUCCUUGAAGUCCGUACCGGAACUACUGCAGGAGGAAUUCUUCUGGGGAAGUUUUGUGGUGAUGUCUCUCCGUCUCCCAUCUACAUCAGCGGAAGACAUAUGUGGCUGCGUUUUGUCAGUAAUAAGUUCUCAAAUAACAAAGGAUUUCGUGCAACGUUUGAAGCCAUCAGCCCACUAAAAGACGAAUGUCCACGGAACAAGACGUUUACAGCUCAUAAAGGCUUUAUCCGCAGCCCGCGGUCUCCUUUAGAUUAUCCCGGCAAUAUGGAGUGCAUUUGGAGAAUCCAAGUUCCAGAAAAAUCCAGAGUUAGCUUUGUAUUCUCAGAUCCGAUCUACUUUGACCCAAACUGUACCGACGUAUUAGAAAUUAGAGAUGGAUUUCAUGAAAACAGUCCACCACUCAAUCGGUAUUGCGCUUCCUCGGCCACUCCUGGGACGAUUGAUUCAACGGGAAGAGAAAUGUUUGUGCGUUUUAAGUCAGACGGCUACAUACGAGAUCUUGAAGUUUCUGCGGCAGGGUUCCGAGCUAGUUACUAUGCUGUGGGUAUUAAGUCAGGUGCCGACACGUUCAAGACAAGCUCUUCUUCGAGUUAUGUUUUUUUCUUAACUUUCGUUUUGACUUCCUUGUUCUUAAGAUGACUGAGCACAAAAUAAUACUCCGACUGAGUCAGUUAUUCCUGUGUUGAUCGUUAUUCCUAGUUUCUACUCUUCUAUCAAUUCAGCAACGAUACGAAAAUCAUUAAACAAAAGUAAUUACUUA